CAACCAAACCAAACGGCAUUAAAACCUCUACGGUGGUCUGAGUUUUUGUGUUUCAGUCUUUGAGGUGAGGUUGAGAUUUUGAGGUGAAAGCUGUCUCCUGAUGUGAUUAUGGAAGAAGAACUGAAUUACGUGGCCGUGAAAUUCAAGACUAACGGUGCAUCUAAACGUGAAAACCUAAAUGACAUGGAAAUAAUCUACGAUGAGGUGAAGACAUUGGAGGAGAAGAUAUGCGAUACAACUCCUGCCAUAACAGAAAAUGAAAAGAAAGCUCCUUUGUGUACUCUACUUCAUCUACUGGCAGCAAGUUUGGGGAUUAUUUGUGUCAUCUUGGUGUUGGUCGUAAUCGCAGUCAGUAUCCACUUCAACACAGUCAAGUCCGAGCAGCACAGAGAAUACAUCAAGUUAACGGCACAGAAUCUGCAGCUGAAGACAGAAAAGAGCGACUUAGAGAGACGGACAGAGGAGCUGAUCAGAGAGAGAGACGGACUCAACUGGACCGUCGGAGUCAUACUGGAAUACGAGAACUUCCCAGUGAAGACAUACUGCUCACAGAAAGUGUGUAAACCUUGUCUGGACAACUGGGUGUUGUUUCAGUCAAGCUGUUACCUGUUUACAAAAUCUAAUUUGUCCUUCGGUUGGAGGACUUGGCAGGAAAGCCGCGAUGAGUGCAGCAAAGUGAAGGCAGAUCUGGUGGUGAUUGACAGCCAGGAGGAACAGGAAUUCAUCAAUAACCACACAAAAAACUACAAUACUGACAGACAUGGCUACUGGAUCGGCUUGAGCAAGAACGGCUCGUGGAUGUGGGUAGAUGGAAGCAACGUCACUGUGAUGUACUGGGUAACGCAACAUCCUGGCUACACAACAGCUUGUGGUCUCAGUUUGCCAAAAGUAAAUCCUCUGGCCAACUGGCAAAAGGAGAGCUGUAGCAUGAAGAACCGCUGGAUCUGUGAAACAAAAGCUUUGAUCAAACCGGACUACUAAUCAUAUACAUUAUUGAGAUCGGUUAAGAAAUAUUUCUAUUUAUUUAUCUAAAGCUGUUUUUUCUCCAGAACAUUGUGUUUUCCUGUUGUAUUAUUGUUUAUUAGCUUUUGGUUCUUGUCUAAUUUACAUUACAUAUGGCCCACCAUAUUUGUUUAUAUUAAAGAGACAAAAAAGCAAACUGAAUAAAGCCUAAA